UUCUUCCUUUUCACAGCUGUUCUGUCUUUUCACUCAGACUGCUUCUGAACUGAAUCUGAUGGCUUAUCUCUGUUGGAUAUUGCAUUUCAUAGACUUUAGACCCCUGGCUCUCUCGUGAUGUUCCCCCCCCCCCUAUAGUGAUAAUCGGUUAUUCAAUCCUUAACCAGAAAACUAACAGUCCUUCUAUGCAGUCGGUCCCCCUUUAAAAGAUGGAUAAUCACUUCUGUUUUACUUAGCCUUACAUCUCCAGAACUCUAAUUUGGAUUUCUUGUGGCAGUGUGAGGUGGGCUGGCUGCAGUGAUGUCCAGAUCCACAAAAUCAGCCACGAGGUCUCGGAGCCGCUCGAGGUCCCGGUCAAGAACCCGGUCCACCUCUCACUCCAGAAGUCGCUCCAGAUCCCGAUCCAGGAAGCGUUAUUACAGAUCUAGGUCUCGUUCAAAAUCAAGGUCUUAUUCACCAACCAAUAACCGGGAUAAAAAAUAUCCAAGGGGAUACCAGAACAAUCGAGAGUUCCGGGGUUACCACCGUGGCUUCCGGAGGCCAUACAACUUCAGAGGCCGAGGGCGGGGCUACUUUCCACGUGGACGCUUCCAGCGUGGUGGUGGGGGUGGUGGCUAUAACAAUAACAACUUCCGCCCAAACUGGAAGAAUUACAAGCAGCACCCUCAGAAACAGCAAUAUCAGCAGCAGCAGCAGCAGCAGCAGCAGCAAAACUAUUCACGAGGACGAUCUCACAAUGUCCAGAAACGCUCAGAAAGCCCCUCUCGUGGUCACUCUCACCGCUCUGACCGAUCUUCCACACCAUUAUCCAGGCACUCACAGCAUUCGUCCUCUUCUUCGCACUCCUCCUCUCCAAAAUGCAGGCCAGCUUUAUUGCUGACUAAGCAAGAGGAGCUUUUAGCCUUCAAGGAGGUCCAAAAGGAAGGAGGGGGAAAUGGGGAGCCAGAGGAGCUUGUCGGAGUAUUGGCAGGAGACGCCAAUGGAGGUGGAAGCAGUGGGAAAACUGAGGGGAACUGGCAGGGCCUGACAGACUGCAACAGCAGUCCAAAGAGAACAAGUCCCCUGACAAGCUCUGCUGUUGUAGUUGGUCAGAACAUCCAAACUACUAACCAGUGCAGUCCCUCCCUUAAAAUCACAAAUAGCAUCAGCAAUGGCGCCCCCUCUCCAAAGAUAAUGUGUAGUUCAUCCCCAACAAAAAAAGCCUCACAUGAAGGUUUAAACCCAAUGCUUUCCAGUUUUGACUUCUUCUCCAGCGAGGAAUACCUGGAUGGAGAUAAAACAGCAAUCUCCAUUGCCUUUGGAAAGUUUUUGGAGGAGCAAAACAAGAAAGCCAAAGCUUGGGAAAAUGGCAAAAAAGCAGAGGCAAAUGAAGUGGAUGUGGAACAUGGGAAAGCUAAUGGCAAAGCAUCCACGACCAUCACUGACUCUGUGUCAAGAAAGUCCACAGAGGACAAUGAUGGUGGAGUGUCUCUGAACAGCUUUUUGAAAGCUUCCCCUUUUCUGUCUGCUGAUGGGGAGGAAGAGGAGGAGAGGAUAAUCAAGCCUCAUUCAAAGUCCUUUCACAUGGACCAGCACAAUAGUGAUAAGUCUUCAAAGCCAAUGAGCAGGGUCACUCGCUCUGCCCGCGAACUGUUUGACGGAGGCUUUGACAGAUGGCACAAUGUGGCUUAUGCACAAGCAGCCAAUAGUGAUCUUGAUGCCAUGACUGAAGACAUUUAUCUCAGUAAAAAGCAGGAUAAAGCAGCAGCCUUUACUGCAGCACUUGCCAAGAGGGAAUUUGGGGGCCCAGACAUGGGUGCUACAUGUAGUAGUAAGAUGAGUAAAUCUUCCUCAAUACCAUCUCCUACACCACCAUCCAGGAGGAACUCUGAGAGAGAGAUGUUCAUGAUCAGGGGAGAUGACUCUGCUUUCAUUUCCCCAAGAAAACAGGAAGCAAAAUGUAAUGUCAGAAUGGGUUUCCUUGGCGAUGGCCUGAUAAGCUCCUCUGAUUUUAUAGCUGAGGAGCGACAGUUGUCUCAGGAUCUUGUGCAGGCCUCAAAAAAGGAUCAGGAGUUUCGCUCCAUCUUUGAUCAUGUCAAUACAGCUCAGACACCGAAGAGUUCCUCUGAGCUUUUUGCUCAACACAUUGUCGCCAUCGUUCACCACGUAAAAACUCAGCACUUUCAAUCUUCUGGAAUGACUCUAAGCGAGAGAUUCACAGUGUACCAAAGACGAGCUGCAGAGAAGGAAAUAAUGAAGCCAAGAAAAAGCCCAGAGAUACACAGAAGAAUUGAUGUUUCACCAAGAGCUUUUAAGAAACACUCUCAAGUUUUUGAGGCGAUGAAAAGCUCAGAGGAUGGCACUUACAAGGACGGUGGGGAAAAAAUGAAGGGUGACCCAAUGGACCUUCGUUUGGAUAUUGAGCGCCGAAAAAAAUAUUCCACCAACAAAAGAGAACAUAAUCUGGAUCGGGGAAGAGAUAAGGAAGCGUCCCCAGAUUCUAGUAAAGACAGGCCUUUGGAAAAGUUCUCCACAUGUCAUGAAAGAUCAAAGAAAAGUAGAAAGAAGCGCUCUCGCUCAAGUUCAUCCUCAUCUUCCUCGUCAUCAAAAUCUCACAAGGAAGAUUUGCCCCAGAGCAAGUCUGAUGCCAACAAUAGAGGCUUUGACAGAACCCGACUGGGUCAACGGGAAUCACCAGGACCAGUUGAAAGAGGAAGGCCCCGCGGAGGAUUUCAAGUCUGCAUUCGUGGAAGAGGCUGGAACAGCAGAGGCAGUUAUCAGGGAAAUUGUUUGCAGAGCGGCAACAUGUCAAAUGUGGAAGUACACCCAAAAAAGGAAGACUGGGACCCAGAGUUUACUCCCAAGAGCAGGAAAUACUACUUGCACGAUGACAGAGAUGGCGAGUCAGAUUUGAAGUGGGCAGACAGUAGAGGAAGAGGACGGGGAAGCUUCACACGCGGGAGAGCUCGAUUCAUCAUUCGAAAAGCGACAGGGGGCCCUAACACCAUUAGUCCCAAAUGGGCCCAUGACAAGUUCCAGGUCAACGGGGAGCAGAGUGGCGGGCAGGAAGACGAGACAGAACAGGACCAUAAGGGAGGAAGAAUGGAUGAAUAGCAUACUUGAGCCAUGAAGCAAAGUGCUGAAAAUCUUAAUAUUCUGACUCCACCAUGGAAUUCACACGCAGAUUCAAAUAUUUUACAACUCAGCAAUCUGUUAAAAACGUUUAUCUUUCAUUUCAGUGUACAAAAUUCAUUCUUACAUGAUACAGCAGGAUACGUACCUACAACCAUAGUCAGAGAUGACUUGUAUACGCACUAUUUUGGAUGGAUUUUUUGUCUCAAAUAAGUUUGGAUUUCUGUGUUUUUUCUUGAAUUUCCUUUUAUUGAUUUAAAAUGACUUCUUCAUGACAUUUGCAUUUUAAGUAGAAAGAAAAAAAUUUAUCAGAGAUCAGGCUUGUGCCUUAAACAUAUAUAAUAAUGACGUGUUUUGUGAGCUGGCUACAUGAAAAAUAGUGCAGUGAAAUGCAUAGAAAUCUAAAUCUAUAGAAACCCAAAGAGAGGGACUGUUCUUUAAAAGGCUAAUCCUGCUUUUUAAAUAGCAGCAACGUGUGCACUAUGGUUAAUGUUGACAUAAAAGCAUUGCUGUUAAGUACUCUAAAAAUAACCCUGAUCUGAAAAUGGGACCAAACUGAAUAGGGUCAAAGGUUAUGCUCUGAACAUACACCAUUCUACACCAUUUAAAGACCUACAAUAUUAGCUGGAAGGGAAAUGUGACAUUAAUGUUCUUAGGAUAACUAUAUGUACAUUUAUGUUUUGUGUGUAAAACAUUUUCCUGUCAAAGAUGUCUAUACUUCACAGUAGUUCUUGGGUUGAUCUUGGAAACCACUGUUAAAUGUAGACCUUUAAUAUCAAAGUGCUUAUUUUACAUCAAAGUUAUGGAAGUUUGGGUAACUCGCAAGGCAUGGUUCUGACUUAUUGUCCUUUUUGUCUUUAUGACAGAUUUUGAUGCAUUGUCCAGUUGCUGUUUGUACAUUUUCCUCCAGCCAAAGAUGAUUCAACCAUAUAUGUAAAUUGUGUGCGAAGUCUGAUAAAAGAUACCCCAAAUAAGCAUUUACUCAACCUGUAGUUUGUAAGAAACUGUGACACAGGGUAGUUUGUGGUUCAAGGAUUGCAAUAUGUCUCCUCCUAGAAUAAGAAUGAUAAUCAGUGCAUAUCUCCAGUGAUGUUACAUCUAGGAUUAGGCUUGUGUUUUAAUGCCAAACUGCACAAACCACUGAGUUAUACAAAUGUUGUGCCUUGCUGAGGGGCACUGGUCUUAUUUUUUACAAUGUAGGCUUACUAUCAAGACCCACAGUCAACUGUUUUAUGACUACCAGCUUAUUAUUGGAUAUUGCUUUUUUAAAGAGUGUUGUUACUGUUAAUGCUGGCAUCUUAGAGACUGUAAAUUAAAGAGACACUGAUCACUUUAA